AUGUCUUCUGCUGCUUGUAUCUUCUGCAAGAUCAUCAAGGGUGAUAUCCCUUCCUUCAAGCUCUUUGAGAGCGAGAAGGUCUUUGCCUUCCUCGAUAUCCAGCCGCUCAGCCGCGGUCACGCUCUCGUCAUCCCCAAGUUCCACGGUGCGAAGCUCACCGACAUUCCUGACGAGGACCUGCUCGAGAUCCUGCCCGUGGCGAAGAAGAUCGCCAAGGCCAGCGGCGCCGAGGACUUUAACAUUUUGCAGAACAAUGGACGCAUUGCUCACCAGGUUGUUGACCACGUCCACUUCCACAUGAUUCCCAAGCCUAACGAGCAGGAGGGUUUGAGCAUUGGAUGGCCGGCUAAGGAUGCUGAGAUGGACAAGCUGAAGGCUCUGUACGAGGAGAUCAAGGCUAAGAUGUAA